AUGUCUGACUCGCACCUAACUUUCUACUCUCUUUCGUCCAUUCUUGCUCUUCUCCCAAUCUUCUUCAUCUUGGUUCUCAUCAAAAGAAAGCAAACCAAACCCAGGCUCAACCUUCCCCCUGGUAACAUGGGCUGGCCAUUACUUGGUGAAACCAUUGGCUAUUUGAAGCCUUAUUCUGCCACCACAAUAGGGGAAUUCAUGGACCAGCACAUAGCAAGGUAUGGUACAAUUUACAAGUCCAAGCUAUUUGGGGAGCCGGCCAUAGUGUCAGCAGAUGCAGGACUCAACAGGUUCAUUCUACAGAACGAAGGGAAACUGUUCGAGUGCAGCUAUCCCAGAAGCAUUGGUGGAAUACUCGGGAAAUGGUCCAUGUUGGUCUUAGUUGGCGACAUGCAUAGAGACAUGCGGGUUAUAUCACUCAACUUUCUAAGCCACGCCAGACUCAGAACCCAUCUCUUGAAAGAGGUGGAGAAACACACCCUCUUGGUUCUAAACUCUUGGAACCAAAAUUGCACAUUCUCAGCCCAAGAUGAAGCCAAGAAGUUCACCUUCAAUCUGAUGGCGAAGCAUAUCAUGAGCAUGGAUCCUGGGGAAAUCGAGACAGAGCAACUAAAGAAAGAGUACGUCACUUUCAUGAAAGGGGUGGUAUCCGCGCCAUUGAAUUUACCUGGAACUGCAUACCGAAAGGCGUUAAAGUCUAGGUCCACCAUACUGAAGUUCAUAGAGGGGAAAAUGGAAGAGAGAGUGAAGAGAAUCCAAGAGGGAGAUGAGAGCUUGGAGGAAGAUGAUCUUCUGAACUGGGUUUUGAAGCACUCGAAUCUUUCGACGGAACAAAUUCUGGACUUGAUUCUGAGCUUGCUCUUCGCUGGCCAUGAAACUUCGUCGGUGGCCAUAGCUCUAGCCAUUUACUUUUUGCCCGGUUGUCCUCAAGCUAUGCAACAGUUAAGGGAAGAGCACAGUGAAAUUGCCAGAGCCAAGAAACAAGCAGGGGAAGUUGAGCUCACGUGGGAGGAUUACAAACGAAUGGAAUUUACUCAUUGUGUUGUGAACGAGACACUAAGGUUGGGAAAUGUAGUGAGGUUUCUCCACAGGAAGGCUCUGAAAGAUGUUAACUAUAAAGGUUAUGACAUUCCAUGUGGGUGGAAAGUCCUUCCGGUGAUUGCAGCCGUGCAUCUGGAUCCUUCACUUUUUGACCAACCUCAACACUUCAAUCCAUGGAGAUGGCAGAACAAUGGAAGUCGCGGAACUUGUCCAAGCAAGAGCACAGCAAACAAUAACUUUCUUCCGUUCGGAGGAGGACCACGACUAUGCGCAGGAUCAGAGUUAGCGAAACUUGAAAUGGCUGUUUUCAUUCAUCAUCUGGUCCUGAACUACCAUUGGGAAUUGGCUGAUUCAGAUCAAGCUUUUGCCUACCCUUUUGUGGACUUCCCCAAGGGCCUACCCAUUAGAGUCCAAGCUCACUCUUUGAUUUGA